GUCGUCUUCUUCUUCUGGCUUUGCAUUUCGUUCCCCUUGUAGGGUUAAUUCUGUGUGUUUUCAUCACUAACAAGAUGAACAGAAUUCUGGAGAUGAUGUUGAUCUGAAAACAAACAACAUUAUAUACCGUAUCUGUUCUAUUGUCUCUGCUGCCAUAAUGGGAUAUUGCCCCUGCUUCGGGAUCAGAAAGGGCAAGAAGCUCAAGCGCGGCAAAGACGACGACGUUCACAAAACCUCAACCAAGGUCGAGGACAUACACCCUUCUACCCAUAAUGCCGAGCCUCAAUUGUCUUCUGCUCAAGAAGAUGAAACUAAUUCCCCCACUAAGGCUCAGACAUUCACCUUCCGUGAACUUGCAACUGCAACCAAAAACUUUAGGGCGGAAUGCUUUAUUGGGGAAGGAGGAUUUGGCCCUGUAUACAAAGGACAAUUGAGCUCUGGUCGAGUUGUAGCUGUAAAGAAACUCGAUCAGACUGGUGUUCAAGGAGACAAGGAGUUUCUGGUGGAGGUUCUAAUGCUUUCUCUUCUGCGUCACCCAAACCUUGUAAGUUUAAUUGGUUACUGUGCUGAAGGGGAGCAGCGCCUGCUUGUCUAUGAAUACAUGCCCUUAGGGUCCUUGGCAGAUCAUCUCCAUGAUCUUAGACCUGAUAAAGAACCACUUGAUUGGAACACAAGGAUGAUGAUAGCGGCUGGUGCAGCCAAAGGGUUGGAAUAUCUUCACCAUGAUGCUGAACCACCUGUCAUAUACAGGGAUGUAAAAUCAGCCAACAUUUUGUUGGGAGAGGAUUUUUACCCGAAACUUUCUGAUUUUGGGCUUGCAAAGUUUGGUCCUACUGGAGAUAGAUCGCAUGUCUCCACCAGGGUCAUGGGAACUCAUGGUUACUGUGCUCCUGAGUAUGCUAAAAGUGGGAGGUUGACAGCAAAGUCGGAUAUCUACAGUUUCGGCAUAGUCUUGCUGGAGCUGCUUACAGGACAUAAGGCAGUUGAUGGUACUCUUGGUCGUAAUAAACAACUUGUUGAAUGGGCACGUCCUUAUAUGAGAAAUCCCAAGAAUCUUACCAUGCAAUUUGCAGAUCCAUAUCUCAGAGGGCAGUUUCCGUUACAUAUCUUGAGAAAAGCAUUAGCAGUGGCUUCCAUGUGUCUGCAAGAAAAUGCUUCUCUGCGACCAACCAUGAGGGAUGUGGUACUUGCCUUGAAUUUCUUGACAACUCAUCCAUACAAUGAACCAAAGGUGUUGAGCAUCAGCACCGAGCGGGUUGAAGAAAUAAAGAGUUCGAAUGCAUCAGGGAAUAACUCUCCAAAUGAAACAACUUCUAUGUUAAACAAGAACGAUGAGCGAGAGAGAGCUGUGGCAGAAGCCAAGAUGUGGGGAGAGACUUGGAGAGACAAACGAAGACCAGGUGCACAAAAUAGUCAUCAUGAUACCUUUAGUCUUUAGAUCACUUUCCUAUCGUGCGUCCGAUCCAAUGCCUGCUGGUUCUUCCGAUUCCCCCACCAUGCGGUAUCUUUCAAACUACAGAUUUUUCUUCCCCUGCAGAAAAACCCUGGAAUAUAUAUUGGCUUCAGUUGGGAAGAAACUCUUUUACAUUAGCUUAGUAAAAUGUCUUCCUUGAGUAGCUGGUCUACUCAGCACAGACUAGAGUUAAAAUAAAAAUCCAGUUAGAGUUGCAAAGAUUGAUGGAAGAUGAUAUAGUGGAUGAUCAGCAUAAAUCUUCUAUUCUCAUGUUAACUUUGUAGCAAUAUUAUCUAAGAGUAAAUAGGGAAAUGGCCAUGAGGAAAAUAGGGAAGUAAAAUGUGAAUGCUGAUGCAGGAGACUGGAAUUCAUUAUGAACCUGAGAAAGAGAAAUUG